UUCAGAUCCUGAAACAAUGUCGAAUGCUAUUCCCAUGAACUCUUUUGUCAUCCAGCUGCAACAACCAAUACCAACAACAGCAGUGCGGACUGAAACAAAUGCUCCUGCACCUGUUUAUGUCCAACAGAUAGGAGGACUUUCACUUCUUAAUGGACUUCGGGCAUUUCUAAAGGGCCAACCAAAAGCUCUUGGGACUGUCCAGAUAAUGAUCGGUGUGACGACUCUCCUGUUUGGCAUUGUGGCUACAGUUUAUGCAGAAACCGGUUUUGUCUAUAGUGGUAUUCCUUACUGGGGAUCUAUCAUCUACAUUAUUGCAGGCUCACUCUGCAUCGCUGCAGAAAACAAAGUUAAUUCACCCUCCAGUAACUGUUUGGUGAAUGGUUCACUUGGACUGAACAUCAUCAGUGCUGUAACCGCAGGCAUUGCCCUUCUUUUAAUUUCACUGGAUUUGAUACAAGGACCUUCCCCGUACAAUUACUACAACUAUUAUAUGUGGUAUUACUAUACAAGAAAGUAUACGACUCUCUCCAAGGGAAUCAGUGGUGUGUUGCUGUUAUUCUCCUUGCUUCAGUUCAUCAUCUCCAUCUGUCUGUCAGCAUUUGCUUGUAAAGUCUCUUGUUGCUGUUGUCCUCCUCUGGUGCCGUUAAAUCCACAAGUUUUAACUCCACAGUUCCCUGAUUUCAAACCAAAUAAUUUCCAUGAUCUUAACAAAUCAGAGAUACCUGUGGUCAGCAGUACCUCCAUGAACAACCAUCAUGAAGAAUCUCAAUACAGCAAUUGUGAAUAAAUAUUAAUUAUUAUAAAAAAUAAAGUGGACAAAGGUUGUUCCUGCAGUUGUGUGUGAUAGAACUUUCGUGGAACACCUGGGUUUCCCAACGAUUUCCUGUCCAUUGCCUUUAAUGUCUUUUCAUCUCUCUAUCAGAUAAGUGGAUUUUUUUUAAAUGUGUGUAAACGAAAACUAAUCAAGACUACACUGACUAUUUAAUGAUUUUCUUUCUUUAGUUUAAAAAAAGUUGAUGAAAACUAAUCAAGACUACACCGACUAUUUAAUGAUUUUCUUUCUUUAGUUUAAAAAAAGUUGAUUAAUCAACAGUGAAACUGGAUAUAUUGAUUUGAAGAACUGUAAUUGCUUAAAACAUUAUAAUUUGUAAGAAUAAAGUAUAACGACG